UCUCACUCUGUAGCUUCUGGCCUGUGACACUAUCAAAGCUGAUGCAUGAACCAACGUGGUCAUUUUGCUCUCUGCCACCUGCAGCCGGACACCAAACUAAAGAAAUAUCUCCUGUGAUAAUGAGCCGGCACAUGUGAAUGGAAGAUCUCUGUUUCCUUGUUUUCCUCGUUGACAGUCAGUGAGCAGAAGUCUCAGAUGUAAACCAGAAUCUAUAAACAGCAAACCAGGAAGAUGAAGAACGAAAGCUGAAGAGCCUCACAGAGCUUCAAGACUGUUCUCCAGAGCAACACACCAAAUAUCUAAAGAAGAACCAAAGGUCAUCUGAUGCCAGCGUGGACGGUUUGAGGACGUCACUUCUAGGUUCAUACCACAGCGCUGACAGAAUGCUUUAAAGAGAGCGACUCCUGAACAGAGGGCUCCUUCACCAAAGACAAGAGGCUUAGUUUGAAAAUUCCCAAAGCAAAACCAAGCUCUUCACUCAAACUCGACCAAAGGUCCAGAAUCAUGGAUAUCUUCGGCGGUGCUCCUCGUGUUCUGGGCUACCCACGGCCUGUUCUGGCACAAUGUGGAGCAGAUGCAACACUGAAGUGCCAAAUCAGUGGUGACCCUCGUCCAGAUGUGAUCUGGGAACGUAAAAAUGUCCAGAUCUUGUCUGAAGGACGCCACAAGCUCUCCGAGGAGGGGAAAGUUUACCUGCUGACCAUUACUGGAGUGACCCAGCAGGAUGCUGGCCAGUACAUCUGCAAGGCUAGAAAUAGCAUCGGUGAAACCUACGCAGCAGCCUCGCUCAAAGUGGAAGGAGAGGCCCCGGCACAGGAUGGGGAGCUCAGGCAGUCCAUGCUCAAUGGCGUGAAGCAACCAGAGAAUAAUGUGAUAGAAUCUGGAGGACAGCUCAAUGGCUUCUGCACUGCACAAAAUGGAGAAAAUAGGAAAGAAAAUGGGGAGGAAGUGAACGGAGAGCACAAGUGGAACGGAACAAGAAGUGAAAAACAAGAAGAGGUUGAUCUAACAUCUGAUCAGAAACCCAGAUUCCUCAUCAAACCUUUGUCUCUGCGCGUGGAUCGGGGAGAAGAUGCUGCCUUCUCUUGCAAAAUCUGGGGGACGCCUUUGCCAGAAGUGAUCUGGGAGAAGGAUGGGAAGAAGCUGAACGACAUCUUCGAGAGUUCGCACUUCAGUGUGAGCAACCAAGAUGGCGGCUGGUUCCAGCUCAAGAUCUACAGGACACGCAUCCCAGAUAAAGGAGUCUACACCUGCAAGGCCGUCAACGGACACGGUCAGGCCUUGGCCGGUGCAGUCCUUCUGGUCGAGCCGGUACCAGAGCGAGAGGAGAGUAAAAUGUCCUCAAACGGCCACACGAACAGCCAGCGGUCACCGAGGGACCGGGCCGGGCGGCUCGGUCUGUCCAGGCUCACGGAGGAGCCGCCUGUCAACGCAUCCAAAGUCAAGAAGUUUGCAGUUGCUGAGGGGAAGCACGCCAAGUUUCGCUGCUUCGUAACAGGGAAACCAAAACCUGAGAUCAUCUGGAAGAAAGACGGGGUUCCCCUGGAGCCCGACAGACGUCACCUGAUAUUUGAGGACAGAGAGGGUUACUACACCCUGAAGGUUCUGUACUGCAAAGUGCAGGAUACGGGCCUGUAUGUGUGCGCAGCAUCCAACACUCUGGGAAACACACUGAGUGCUGUUCACCUGUCUGUCAAAGGCCCAGCUGUGCGGUUCCGACGCCCACUGAAAGACGUGGAGGUGAAGGAAAGGGAUGUAGCUGUGCUGGAGUGUGAGGUUCCUGAUGAGUCGCUGCCAGCUGCCUGGUACCUGGAGGACCAGAGGCUGAUGCCCAGCAGUAAAUAUGGGAUGGAGCAGAAAGGAACCAAACGAAGACUCACCAUCCACGACAUCGGGACAGACGAUGAUGGAGUCUACCUCUGUGAGAUGCCUGAUGGAGCGAAAAGCAUUGCCGAGCUGUCGGUUAAAGGAACCAUUGUUCGCAAACUUCCUCGGAAGCUGGAGGUCCUGGAGGGUGAGAACGCAGCAUUCUGCGUGGAGGUGGAGAGCGAUGAGAUGGAAGUCCACUGGUUCAAAGACGGCUUAAAGUUACAAGAGACACACCAAACGAUUCUCAAGUCUUUUGGCAAAACUCACAUCCUCGUCUUUGUCAACGUGGCCUAUCACGACUCGGGGGUCGUGACGUUUGUCGCAGGAAGAUCCAAGACUUCAUCACGCCUCAAGGUCAAAGCCACCAGACACUGUCCUCCUGUCUGUCCUGUGGGAGUCAGAAUGGACACAGACAGGCCCAACAGCGCUCUGCUCUCCUGGGUUCCUGCCCCAAACAGCCAGACCUCCACUCGCUCCAUUUUUGUGCUGGAGAGACAAGAAGUGGGUUCUCAGGAGUGGCAGAAAUGCUUCACCUCAGAGACGUCCACCUCAGCGGAGGUCACUGGAGACAGCGUGCCGUGCGACGGCGACUACCGCUUCCGUGUCUGUUGCAUCAACAAGUACGGCCGAAGCGGCCACGUGGAGUUUCCCAAAGUGGUCCACCUGGUCUCUGGACCCAAGAUUCUUCGUCGCCUCCAAGGCUGUGAGGUCGUUGAAGGAGAAGACGCUCGCUUCGUCAUUGAACUGUCUGCCUCCAUGGUGGGAACCUGGUUUUUGAAUAGCGCCCAACUGCAGCAUGAUGGACGAUAUUCAAUCCAACAGAGCCAAACACAGCACUCACUAGUGAUCCAUGAAACUCACACAACAGAGGACACAGCAGAGGUCACGUUCAUAGCCAACGGAGUCCGGGAUUCAGCCGUGCUCAGGGUUAAACCUGCUGAAGUCAAAUUCCGGCCUCAGUCGGAGUCGGACAGCAACAAGAAGGUGGAGGCAGGUGAUGCCAUCGUACUCUACUGUGAAGUCUCCCACCCUUCUGCAAAGGUGUCCUGGUGCAAAAAUGGCACAGAGCUGCAGAUGAAUGAAGGCCUCAGCAUCCAGUCAGAUGGGAAUAUGAGGAGGAUUGUCAUCCAGUCUGCUGAUGCAUCUCACUCUGGAGUUUACACGUGUGAAACUUCAGGUGACGCCAUCAGAUUCAGCGUGGAUGUUGCAGGUCCUCCAGUGGAGUUCAGUCCAGUCCAAGAGGAUGAGCUGCAUAAGUCCAGCAUGGAGUUGGACCCAGUGGUGCUGCUCAGCCAUGUCUCCAGAGAGGAUGCUGAAGUUGUGUGGUAUAAGGACGGCUGUGAAAUCCAGCCCAGUGACAACAUCACCGUGCAGGCAGAAGGAACCAUGAGGAGGUUAAUCAUCCGCUCAGCAGAGGCCUCAGAUGCUGGAACUUACACUUGCCAAGCAGGAAACAACAGCAUGGAGUUCACUGUCAAUGUCAGAGAACCUCCAGUGAUGAUUGUGGAGCCAAAGGAUGAUGUAGUGAUGGAGAGCUACAUCUCAGAGGAGGUCCAGCUGCAGUGUGAGUUGUCUCGCUCCAGCGGGAAGGUUCGGUGGUUCAAGGAUGGCCAGCAAGUCGAGGAAAGCAACAACCUCCAGCUGAUAUCAGAAGGUCCUUACAGGAGGUUGACCAUCGCCUGCGGCUCAGCAGAGGACGGUGGAGAGUACGUCUGUGAAACGGACGGAGACUCCGUCUUUUUCCAGCUUACAGUUACAGAGCCACCAAUAAGAAUCAUUUCUCCCAGUGACUCAGAGUUAGAAGUGACCUGUUUGGCUUCAGAGAGGCUGGAGCUCAGCUGUGAGAUUUCUCAGGCGGAUGCUGCUGUCCGGUGGUUCAGAGACAGCCUGGAGGUAGAGCAGGGUCCUAACCUAAUGCUGGAGGUGGAUGGAGUCCACCACCGGCUGGUCGUACCCUUAACUACUGUGCAUGAUGCAGGCGAGUAUGUUUGUGACACUGAGGAUGACGCUGUGGCCUUCCUGGUGACGAUCACAGAGCCACCAGUGACGCUUUCUCAUUCUAAAAACACACCCGACAAACUCCACAGUUUUGUUGGUAAACCAGUUGUUCUGGAGAUCGAGGUGUCGCGGCCAACCGCAGAAGUCAAGUGGUGGCUAAAUGGUCGACAAAUAGAGCCGAGCAGUCAUGCCGCCAUGACAGAGGAUGGUCUCCUCCGCCGUCUGACCAUCCAUGCUCCCACUCCAGAGGACUCUGGGAAAUACACCUGUGAUGCUGUUGAUGAUAAAAUUGAUUUCCAAGUCAGAAUUUCAGAGCCACCAGUGAAGAUCCUGAGAAAGUCAGAGAUCAAGACAAACCUAAAGUUCCUGAUUUCUGACGACAUGGUGCUGGAGUGUGAGCUCUCUCGAGCUAAUGCUGCCGCUAAAUGGUACAAGGAUGGCUGCCGUGUGGAGGGUGAUGAACGGUUCUGUGAAGAGGAGGAAGGUGCUUUCCGCUCGCUGGUCAUACUCAAUGCUGAACUCAGAGACUCAGGAGAGUAUUUCAUGGAUGUUGGCGAUGACAGCAUCAGUUUCCAGGUCACGGUCGACGAGCCUCCAGUGACUAUUGUAGGGAACUCAAGUGAUCCCGACUACCAGGAAAUGGUGGCAGGCGAUGACCUGAUCCUGGCCUGUGAGGUGUCCCGUCCCAGCGCCCCGGUCCAGUGGUACUGUAACGACAAACUGCUCACUAGUGACUCCCGAACCUACAUCGAGAGCUACGGGACUCUGAGGAAAAUCAUCAUCUCAUGUGUCCAGUCUUCAGACUCUGGAAAGUACGUGUGUGAUGCUGUGGACGACAAGAUGAUCAGCGUUGUCCGGAUUCAAGAGCCUCCAGUUACUUUUGUAAACAAGGAGGAUGACGUUGUGGUGACAGGUUACGAAGCAGAGAACGUAACUUUGACAAGCUAUGUGUCCAAGGAAAGUGCUCUGGUGCGCUGGAUGAAAGACUGGACACCUGUGGAAGGGGAACGCUUUCGAUCGCUCAUGGAGGGCCAUAAACGCGAGCUGAUCAUUGAGCCUUUAAGGCGCUCUGAUGCCGGCGAGUACACCUGCGAUGUCAGCACAGACCAGAUUCACUUUAGCCUGCUGGUGAAAGAAAUGAGAAUUAAGUUCACAAGGCCCCUUCAGGACACUGUGGCACAUGCUGACGGCAUGGUGACGCUUCGCUGUGAGGUGUGCAAGCCCAAAGCAGAUGUUCAGUGGCUGAAGAACGGCAUAGAAAUGGUUCCAAGCAGGAGGUUCACAAUUCGGGCAGAUGGAGUUGAGCGAAGCUUCACCAUCCACCGUUUAACCCGAGAGGAUGCAGGGGAGUACGCCUGUGAGUCCAGAGAUGACCGGACUGUUGCCAGACUGAGAGUGGAGUUGCCUCGAGUGGUUGAGUUCCUCACUGAGCUCCACAACACAACUGUGCUAGAAGGUGAAGACGCCACCUUUAAGUGUGUCGUUUCUCCUGAUGAUGUCCAGUUGGUCUGGCUCAUGGAUAACGAGCCUAUCACCAUGGGAGAUCGCUUCCAGGUGACCCAGAAUGGCCUGUGCCACACCUUGAUGAUUAAAAAGUGCCAGAUGUUGGACUGCUCAAAGAUUACCGCAGAGGCUGAGGGAAAAAUGAGUAAAGCUAGUCUCAAAGUUCAGGAGGCUCAGGUCAUGUUUACCAAGAGAACGGAGGCUGUAAUGGCAGAGGAGUUUGGUGACGCCACCCUGGAGACAGAGAUCUGCCUGGAGACAGGAGAGGUCCAGUGGAUGAGGCAGGGGGUGGUCAUCCAGUCUGGACCUCGACAUACUCUGGCCCAGAACGGCUGUAAACGCAGCCUCACCAUCCACAACCUGACCAUGUCAGACCGGGGAACCUACCGCUGUGAGACUCUUCAUGACCGGACGCAGGUCAAACUCAAUGUAGAACCCCGUAAAAUCUCCAUCCGCAAAGGCCUGACUGACCAUGAAACCUUUGAACGAGAGACUGCCACCUUCGAGGUGGAGCUCUCCCACACUGAUGUUGAGGGCAUCUGGCAGAAGGACGGCAUCCGGGUGAAGCCAAACAACCAGUGGAGGGUGAGCACCACUGGACGGGUCCACGGCCUCACCAUGUCCAGCCUCACCCUGGAGGACACCGGCACCAUCGUGUUCUCAGCUGAAGGGGUGCGCACCACAGCCAGGCUCACAGUUAAAGAGACACCAGUGUCCAUCGUGAAACCGUUGGCUGAUGUGCGUGUGGAGGAGGAACUUCCUGUCACUCUGGAGUGUGAACUCUCGAGACAAAAUGUCGAAGUCAGAUGGCUGAAGAACGGGACGGAGCUGAAGGCGGGAAAGAACUGUCGGAUCUACUCCAUGGGUCGGAAGCGGUUCUGUCAGAUCAUGCAGUGCUCUCGGGCUGAUUCUGGCUCCUACACAUGUGAUGCAGGAGAAAUCAACACUUCGUGUUCACUGGCGGUUUACGAGCAUGAGUUGGAGAUAGUGCAGGAUCUGGAGGAUCUGUACAUCCAGGAGGACCAGAAUGCCGUCUUCAUGUGUGAGGUUUCUCUGGAGGAUGUGACUGGGGAGUGGUACAAGGACGGACACAGGAUCCGGCCCACCAGUACCAUCAAGAUCCGCACUGAAGGGACCAAACACUUCCUGCUGAUGUGUAACGUUACAGCUGAAGAUGCUGGAGAAAUCCGCUUUGCAGCCAGAGAUGUUGAAUCUACUGCUUACCUUGAGGUAGAAGAACUUCCCACGUCCAUUGUAAAACCCCUGCGAGACCGAACAGCGCUGGAGAAACACCGUGUGAUCCUUGAAUGCACCGUUUCGUCACCUCGCUGCAGCGCCACAUGGUACAAAGGUAAAAAGGAGCUGGUUUCCACAGAUCGACUGGAGAUCCUGGCUGACGGCUGCUGCCAUAAGCUGGUGAUCCAGCAGGUGGUUGUCGAGGACGAGGGCACCUACAGCAUCGAGGUGGGAGAGCACACCUGCAAAGCCAAACUCAUGGUGGAAGCUCAGGCCCUUGUGAUGGUCAAGGAGCUUGAGGACGUCGAGGUGACAGAACCAGAACCAGCGUCUUUCCAGUGCGAGGUGUCUGUUGCCAUAAACAAGCCUCCGGUUUGGACUUUAAAUGGAGAAAACCUUCUGUCAGGGUCUUCAGUCCGCCUGGAGAACCACGGGACACUCCAUAAACUCACCCUGAAGAACACCAGCGUGGACAUGAGCGGGACAGUGAGCUUUACGCUGGGCAAGGCCAAGAGCAGCGCAGCGCUCAGCGUGAUGGGAAACUAGAAAGAUGAUUGUCAGAAGAAAGUGACUCUAGAGGGAAAGAAGAAGGUGAACAAAAUCGCUCAGUAGCCCUAAAACGUCUUUUUCAGUUGAUUUCAAAUUAAAGGUUUCAUUGAGUUAAGACAGAUUGAACAUGUAUAUCAGUCAAGAUAUUUGUUUUUUUUACAGUCUAGAUGAUAUUUGUUUGUCUGAUAAAGAUUUCUGCUUGACUUUGUGGCACAUUCUUGAUUUUGGUGAUAAGCUUUCAAAAUAAAACACAAACACUGAAAAGAAA